AUGAAUACCCCCCUCUUUCCAGCGAGAAUUUCGAGCCUCUAUCUUCACACCUGUCCCACUCCCUGUAUUUUAUAUCUUCAACUUUUAGAGCUUCAAAGACACAACAACCAUAGCGACAGCGAAAAAGAUUUCGCUCCCAGUAAUAUCUUGAACUUUUUGUUCAAUUUAACUCCAAUCCGACGCGGUUCUAAUCGUAGACAAAGAUACAAAGCUACCGCUCAGCUCGCUGCUACUACCGAGAAUGCUCUAAAAAUCACCAACCCUUCAGCCAUCGAUGCAUCUACAAACACCACCAACCCCUCUACAGACACUACCGAUGCUUUCAAUCCCUCUCCUCAACUUAUUGCUGCUCUCGAUGCUGCCAAUAAUUCCACUCAACUUGCUGCUGCUGCUGCUGCCAAUGUCACCGACCUGUUAACAAAAGCUGCCGAUAUCUCGACAGAUUCUAAUGCUGAUCAAGAAAUGGAGGUGGAAAGUCACUGGCAUGAAGGAGAAGAGAUGACUUAUUGA